AUGGAGUCCAUAGGCGUUCUCAUGACCUGCCCACCACCCAAUCCGUACCUAAUUGAACAACUUGAGAAACGCUUCACUCUUUACAAAUUCCACUCCAUUCCAGACAAACCCAACUUCCUUAAUUCUCACAAAGCCUCCAUCCGCGCUGUCGUUGGCAAUGCUACUGCAGGCGCUGACGCACAGCUCAUAGACCUCUUGCCCAACCUCGAAAUCGUGUCCAGUUUUAGCGUCGGACUCGACAAGAUUGACUUGGCCAAGUGUAAGGAGAAAGGUAUCAAGGUCACUAAUACCCCUGAUGUUUUGACUGAUGAUGUUGCUGAUUUGGCUCUUGGUCUGAUGCUGGCUGUCUUGAGGAGGCUUUGUGAGAGUGAUCGCUAUGUUAGGAGUGGUCAAUGGAAAAAGGGGGAUUACAAGUUGACCACUAAGUUCUCUGGGAAGUCAGUCGGCAUUAUUGGGUUGGGCAGGAUUGGCAUGGCAGUUGCCAAGAGAGCUGAAGCAUUUAGUUGCCCCAUUAGUUACCACACUAGAACAGAGAAAUCAGAUGUAAAAUACAAGUACUAUCCUAGUGUUGUUGAGUUAGCUGCCAACUGUCAUAUUCUUGUUGUUGCAUGUGCACUAACAGAAGAAACUCGCCACAUUAUCAACCGUGAAGUCAUCAAUGCUUUGGGUCCAAAGGGAGUCCUUAUCAAUAUCGGUAGAGGUCCUCAUGUUGAUGAACCCGAGCUGGUUUCUGCACUAGUUGAAGGCCGGCUAGGCGGUGCUGGACUUGACGUGUUUCAAAAUGAACCUCAUGUACCUGAGGAGCUCUUUGGGCUUGAAAAUGUAGUCCUCUUGCCUCAUGUAGGAAGUGGCACAGUGGAAACCAGGAAAGAAAUGGCUGACCUUGUUAUUGGCAAUUUGGAGGCACACUUCUCAAACAAACCAUUAUUAACCCCCGCGCUUCAAGUAUUCGAUAAUCAUAAGCACACCACCCAUACUGCCCUGGUCGACACAACUGUGGGUGCUGAUGCAGAAUUGAUGGAAGCAUUGCCAAAACUGGAUAUUGUGACAGGUUUCGGUGUAAGAGUGGAUAAGAUGGAUCCAGAGAAGUGUAGAGGAGGGUUCUGUGAGAAUGAUCUGUAUGCGAGGAGUGGAAGGUGGAAGAAAGUUGACUACGAAGGUCUCAACUCCGAACCAUAUGUUAACUUCCAAAAAUUGAAAAAACCACCCCACAAACAGAAAAGAACCCUAUCCUUGAAAUUUUCAGGAAUAGUGAUGAAGUCCAUUGGAGUCCUAAUGACAUCUCCGAUGUACAAAUACCUAGAACAACAACUAGAAACCCACUUCAAUCUCUUCAAACUAUGGCACUACAACUGCUCAAUAACUGAGUUCUUGAAAACCCAUCGAGGAAACACUAUCAGAGCAGUAGUGGGUAACACUACGAUCGGUGCAGAUGCUGAAUUGAUUGAGUCAUUGCCAAGUUUGGAAAUUGUUGCCAGUUGCAGUGUAGGAUUGGACAAAAUUGAUUUGAGAAUGUGUGAAGAGAAAGGGAUUAGAGUUACUAAUACCCCUGAUGUUUUGACUGAUGAUGUUGCUGAUUUGGCAAUUGGGUUGAUAUUGGGGGUUUUCAGAAGGAUUUGCGCUUCUGAUUCUUAUGUUAGGAGUGGCAAGUGGAAGGAUGCUGAUUUUGGAUUGACAACAAAGUUUAGUGGUAAACCAGUUGGCAUUGUUGGGUUGGGCAGGAUUGGUACAGCUAUUGCACAGAGAGCUGAAGCUUUUGGUUGCUCCAUAAGUUAUUCCUCUAGAUCACAGAAACCAUUUGCUAACUACAAAUUCUACUCAAACGUUAUUGACUUGGCCUCCAAUUGCCAAAUCCUCGUUGUAGCAUGUGCUUUGACAGAGGAAACCCACCACAUUAUCAAUCGUGAAGUCAUUGAUGCACUGGGUCCAAAGGGCAUCCUAAUCAACAUUGGACGGGGUGCUCACGUCGAUGAGCCUGAGCUUGUUUCGGCAUUGCUUGAAGGUCGGCUGGGUGGUGCAGGGCUUGAUGUAUAUGAAACUGAGCCUGAGGUGCCUGAAGGGUUGCUAGGUCUUGGCAAUGUUGUCCUCCAGCCUCAUGUGGGAUCUGACACUGUAGAAACUAGCGAGGCAAUGGCAGACCUUGUCAUUUCGAACUUGCAGGCACACUUUAGCCAAAAGCCCCUGUUAACUCCAGUUAUAUGA